GGAAAUUCCUGGUGGAUCCUCCCCUGCCCCCUCCAGCCGAGGGGCCUCGUUUGAUCUGGAAUCCAAAGCCUCAUUGACUUUUUAUUGGAUCUGGCUGAGCCUGGAAAACCUCUGGAGCAGAUUAAACACCGGUGGGCCCCGUUCCUGGAUGGAGCGGAUGACGGAGGACGCGCUGCGGCUGAACCUGCUCAAGCGGGGCCUGGAGACGGGGCCGGAGGAGCGCGAGGACGUCCUGGCCAAGCGGCUGAAGAUGGAGGGCCACGAGGCCAUGGAGCGGCUCAAGAUGCUCGCCCUGCUCAAGAGGAAGGACCUGGCGGGGCUGGAGGUGCCCCACGAGCUCCCAGGAAAGCCCGACGGGAUCAAGGGCUACGAGGAGAAGCUCAACGGGAGCCUGAGGCCCCACGGGGACGGGAGGGGCUCAACCCGGCCCGGCAAGGAGAACAUCAACGACGAGCCCGUGGACAUGAGCGCCAGGAGGAGUGACCCGGAGCGGGGCCGCCUGACGCCAUCUCCAGACAUCAUCGUGCUGUCGGACAACGAGGCCUCCAGCCCCCGCUCCAGCUCCCGCAUGGAGGAGCGGCUCAAGGCCGCCAACCUGGAGAUGUUCAAGGGGAAGAGCCUGGAGGAGCGGCAGCAGCUGAUCAAGCAGCUCCGGGAUGAGCUGCGGCUGGAGGAGGCCCGACUGGUGCUCCUGAAGAAGCUGCGACAGAGCCAACUCCAGAAGGAGAAUGUGGUCCAAAAGACCCCUGUUGUCCAGAACGCUGCCUCCAUUGUGCAGCCAUCGCCGGCCCACGUGGGGCAGCAGGGCCUGUCCAAGAUCCCGGCCCGGCCCGGAGCCCAGGGUGUGGAGCCACAGAACUUAAGGACACUGCAGGGGCACUCGGUGAUCCGCUCGGCCGCCAGCUCGGCGCUGCCCCACAUGUUGAUGUCCCAGCGCGUCAUUGCCCCCAACCCGGCGCAGCUCCAGGGGCAGCGGCUGCCGCAGAAACCCGGCCUGGUGCGGAGCAACACCCCCAGCAUGACCCCCACCAUCAACUACCAGCCGCAGUCCGGCUCGUCGGUGCCGUGCCAGCGCUCCUCGUCCUCUGCCAUCUACAUGAACCUCGCAUCCCACCUCCCAUCGGGCUCCGUGGCCCGCGUGUCGUCGCCGCUGCCGAGCCCCAGCGCUCUGUCCGACGCCGCCAAUUCCCAGGCGGCCGCCAAGCUCGCGCUCCGGAAGCAGCUGGAAAAGACACUCCUGGAGAUCCCGCCACCCAAGCCGCCGGCGCCGCUGCUGCACUUCCUGCCCAGCGCCGCCAACUCCGAGUUCAUCUACAUGGUGGGGCUGGAGGAGGUGGUGCAGAGCGUCAUCGACAGCCAGGGGAAGAGCUGCCCGGUGUCCCUGCGUGUGGAGCCCUUCGUGUGCGGGCAGUGCCGCACGGAUUUCACGCCACACUGGAAGCAGGAGAAGGGCGGGCGCAUCCUGUGCGAGCAGUGCCAGACGUCCAACCAGAAGAAGGCCCUGAAGGCCGAGCACACGAACCGCCUCAAGAACGCCUUCGUCAAGGCCCUGCAGCAGGAGCAGGAGAUCGAGCAGCGGCUCCAGCAGCAGGCGGCCCUGUCCCCCACGGCUGCUCCUGCCGUUCCCAGCGUUGGGAAACAGGACGGGAUCCUGCGGCACCACACGCUCCGGCAGGCCCCGCAGCCCCAGAGCAGCCUCCAGCGCGGAAUUCCCACCUCCGCCCGCUCCAUGCUCUCCAACUUCGCCCAGGCCCCGCAGCUUUCCGUGGCCGGGGGACUCCUCGGGAUGCCAGGGGUGAACAUCGCCUACCUGAACGCCGGGAUCGGCGGCCACAAAGCGUCGAGCCUGGCGGACCGGCAGCGGGAAUACCUGCUGGAUAUGAUCCCGCCCCGCUCCAUAUCCCAGGCCAUCAGCGGACAGAAAUAGCGCCCGCUGCCCCCACCCGCCUGCAGUGCCUGCACUGGGCCAACUGGGCCGGACUGGGCCAGACCGGGCCGGACUGGGGCCUCCGCUCCGGGGAAACGCGACGAGAAACCGGAAAAAAUCCCACCUGGGAAAACAGACAGACAGACAAACCGACCCCACCCCCACUUCAGACAGCGCCCGCUCCUUCUCCCAGCCCCAACUCCCUUGGUUUUCCAGCAGGGAUCGCUCCCUGGGCGUGAGGCUGGGGCGGCUCCGGCCGCUCGCCGCUGGUUUUGUAUUGCCGACGCUUUUUCCUUGUGUUGUGGAUUGUUUUUUUGCCCUUUUUUCCUUAUCCCCCCCCCAUUUUCCUUCGCUCCCUGAAUGGUUAAAGCUUUUUUACCCCUUUUCCAGAAGAGACUUUGGCAGGGCACCUUCCCAGAAUUCCAGGCCCCAUGGAGGGGAAUUUAAGGGCAGCCUGUGCUGAUUCCGGGGGGAGUUGGGGUCCCAAACCCCCUUUGGCUCCGAUCCCAGGGGUCCCAAACCCCCUUUGGCUCCAAUCCCGGGAGUCCCAAACCCCCUCAGCUCCAAUCCCAGGGUGUCACAGCACCCCCAGCUCCGAUUCCAGGGUGUCACAUCCCCCUUGGCUCCAACCCUGGGAGCCAUAAAUUCCUUUGGCUCCCAUCCCAAGGGUCCCAGACCCCCUCAGCUCCAACCCCAGGGUGUCCCAACCCCCAGGGCUCCGCAGAAGGAUCCACAAGACGCCGAUCCCGACCCCUUUGGAUCCAAUCCCAGGGUGUUACAACCCCCUUGGCUCUGCAGGAUCCAGGAGACGCCAAUCCUGACCCCUUGGAUCCCAUCCCAGGGAUCACAAACCCCCUGGGCUCCGCAGAAGGAUCCAGGAGACGCUGAUCCCGACCCCUCAGAUCCCAUCCCAGGGCACCACAAUGCUGUUGGCUCCGCAGAAGGAUCCAGGAGAUGCUGAUCCCGACCCCUCGGCUCCGAUCCCGGGGAUCACAAACCCCCUCGGCUCCAAUCCCGGUGUGUCCCAACCCCCUGGGCUCCAGAAGGAUCCAGGAGACGCCGAUCCCAACCCCAUGGAUCCCAUCCCGACCCUGGGGCUCCCUCAUCCGGAGCCUGCUGGGUGUCCCUGGACGUCCCUGGGGCCGACGGACGGAGCUGGACCCGCCCCCGAGGUUCCCUCCCUGUGACACAAAGGGACCUCUUGAGGUGCCACCCCGUGGUGUCCCUGUCUCUGUCACCCUCUGGGGCAGGUGGUAAAGCCAAGCUGGGUGGCCUCAGGCCUGGUGAGUCCCUCUGUCCCCAAUCCCAUCUCCAGUCCCGUCCCAAUCCCUGCAUGUCCUGGAGCCACUUGCCCAUGUCACCUGUGUCCCCUGGGAAUGGUGGCAGGUGACACCAGCAUCCCCUGUGUCACCUGGGGGGGUCCCUGAAUGGCACCAGGGUCUCUGGGGUCCCCUGUGUCACUGGUGUCCCCUGGGGGUGGCACUGGGGCGUCUCUGGUGUCCCCAGGAGGUGUCAGGGACACCCCAAACCAAGGAAUGAGCCGUGAGAAAACGCUCGAUUUGCACUUAAACCUUCACGGGCCCUCCCCCUCACCUUCAUCCUCCUCCUCACCUUCACCCUCCCCUUCACCUUCCUCCUCUUCUUCCUCCUCUUCCUUUUCCUCCUCCUCCUCCUCUUCCUCCUCCCCCUCCCCCCCCCAUUCCCGACACUUUUCUUCCCAGCUUUUAGGUUCAAUGAGAUUUUUAAGGAAUUCCCGUUUUUUCCCUGAAUUUUUGACCCUUUCCUCAACAUUCCCGACUCUCUCGUGCAAUUCCCAAACUCUGCCCCCCUGAACUGGGGGCGGGGGGAGAGACCCCCAACCACCCCCUAAAGCAAUUGGGGGGAUCCCCAAGCAACCCCUGAGUUGGGGGAGGGGAGAUCCCACCCCUAAUUUAGAGAGAGGGGACCCCCCCACCCACUCCCUAAACGUGGGGGGACCCCACCCCACCCCUGCACUGGGGGUGACCCCUCUCUACCCCCCCUAAAAUUCAAAGAGCACUUACUGCAGGGGGGGGGGGUCAGACCCCCCCCAAAAGAGGCAAAAGAACAGUGGGGGUUUUACAAUUUUAAUUAUUUUUUUUUAAUUUAGCGGGUUUUUAUGUCAAAUUUAUAAUUUUGGGGGUGCUUUCGUUGGUUCGACCUUUUUCAGCUGCCUCCACCCCCUUUCCACUCCCA